AUGGCAUCCUUACGAGUAUCCUCAUCCACGCUAUCGCGUAAAGCGCUCACAUCCUGCCGACCACGGCUAUACCUCGGUGUCCGAUGUGCGGUCGCAAGUACGCGGCCUCUAGCCCCGCGAAUGGCUCGGCCAAAUGUGCACAUGCAAAGCCGGUAUUCUUCCACGGCACAAGCUAGUCCUCUCGCGCCGAAGAUUGAGCGCGGGGGCUCGAAGGUGUUCAAGGAUGCUGAUGCCGCGGUGGCGGAUAUUAAGAGUGGAUCGACGAUUUUGAGCUCUGGGUUUGGACUUUGUGGUGUUGCGGAAACAUUAAUCAAUGCGAUGCACCGUCGUGGCCCGGAGCAAUUGCACUCGCUGACUGCCGUGUCGAAUAAUGCCGGUGCAGCUGGCAAGGGCGGACUAUCGACGUUAUCACAGACUGGCCAGAUUGAUCGGUUGAUCCUGUCGUAUUUGGGGAAUAACAAGGCGUUGGAGAAGAAGUAUUUGUCGGGAAAGAUUGCGAUCGAGUUGUGUCCGCAGGGUACACUUGCGGAGAGACUGCGAGCUGGUGGUGCGGGCAUUCCGGCAUUCUUUACGCCGACUGGUGUUCACACUUUUAUCCAGGAGGGAAAGAUCCCCGUGCGGAUGGAUGAGUCUGGUAAGGUGCUUGAGUCGGGAAAGCCGCGUGAGACACGCGAGUUCAAUGGCAAGACGUAUCUUAUGGAGACUGCCUUGACGGGUGACGUUGCCAUCUUGAGGGCGUGGAAGGUGGAUGAGGCUGGUAACUGCGUGUUCCGAUACACCACCAAAGCAUUCGCCCCGAUCAUGGCCAAAGCCGCGACGUUGACCAUCGUCGAAGCCGAAAAUAUCGUUCCCAUCGGUUCAAUCGAUCCCAACGACGUGGAUCUACCUGGUAUCUUCGUGGACCGUAUCGUGCCCGCUACCGACGAAAAGCACAUUGAGAUUAAGAAGCUGCGCGAGAGUGAGACCGGCAGCAGUGACGGAUCUGUUAAGGAUGCGGCGCAGAUUGAGAGGGAGCGGAUUGGUCGUCGGGCGGCGAAGGAGUUGAAGCAGGGAUACUAUGUGAAUCUGGGCGUUGGUGAGUAUCAGAUCUUGACUUGUAGGAGAGGUGGUCUCAGUAACUCACUGAGAAUAGGUAUUCCGACGCUCGCACCUUCGUUCUUGCCAAAGGAUGUCAAAGUGUGGAUUCAAUCGGAGAAUGGUAUUUUGGGCAUGGGCGCAUAUCCCACUGAGGACGAGGUUGAUCCAGACAUCAUCAACGCCGGCAAGGAAACCGUAACGCUCGUCCCCGGCGCUGCAACCUUCGACAGCACCGAAUCCUUCGGCAUGAUCCGAGGCGGCCACGUCGACGUAUCAAUCCUGGGAGCCCUCCAAGUCAGCGCCAACGGCGAUCUGGCCAACUACAUGAUCCCCGGCAAAGUAUUCAAAGGCAUGGGCGGUGCCAUGGAUCUAAUCUCAAACCCGGAUCAGACAAAGAUCGUUGUAGCGACGAGCCAUCUAGCCAAGGAUGGAUCACCCAAGAUCGUGCAAAAGUGCAGUCUGCCAUUGACGGGGGCGAACGUUGUUAGCACUAUUAUCACGGAUUUGUGUGUCUUCCAGGUUGACAGGAAGACGGGCGAACUUACGCUGACAGAGCUGGCUCCUGGUGUGGAGGUGGAGGAGGUUCGGAGUAAGACUGAUGCUGAGUUUAAGGUUGCGGAGACUUUGGAGAUUAUGGAGUAA